AUGGAAGUGGAAAGAUUGAAGAAAGGGCUCUUCAAAACUACAAAGAUCCAGGAGCAAGAAAAGUACACAAGAAAGAAAAAGAAGAUAUCUUCUUUAUAUUUGGACUGUGUGUUCAUUUUUUUGGUCUCUCUUGUUGUGCGCAUGUUCCGGAUUGAAAGGGGCGGGUUUGUUCUUUGGGAUGAGGCUCAUUUUGGGAAAUUUGCAGGGCACUACUUGAACAGGGAGUUCUUCUUUGAUGUACACCCUCCCUUGGGCAAGCUUCUUACUGCACUGAGUGGGUGGAUUGUGGGCAUGAACAAGUCAUUUGCAUUUUCAAGUGGGGAUGCAUACACGGAAGAUGUGGACUAUGUGGGAAUGCGCAUAUUCCAUUGUCUCUUUGGGUCUGCUGUGCCUGUUUGCGGGUACAUUAUACUCCGGACCCUUCUUAUACCGAGGAGUGCAUCAAUUUGUGUCUCUCUUGGGCUUGUCUUUGAAAAUGCUUUAGUGAGUGUCUCCAGGCUAAUCCUGCUUGACUCCUUCUUGGUCUUUUUCAUAUGCCUGUCAGAAGUCUUUCUGGCUAGGAUUGUCAUGCAGAACCAUCGGGUUGAGCGCAUUGGGGGAGACCUAGUGUGCCUAGGUGUAUCGAUUGGCUGUGCAAUGAGUGUGAAGUGGGUGGGUUUCUUGACUGUUGCACACGUGGGUAUUUUUGCUGUGUACAUUCUCCUGCAGGAAAUUCGGAAAAGAAGAACAGCUUUUUUCUCUUUGUUCUACAGGCUUGCGGUCACCUUAAUAGUCAUUCCUGUGUGCGUGUACAUGUUUACCUUCUAUGUGCACUUCUGGGUUCUUAACAGAUCAGGCCCUGGGGAUGGUGAAAUGAGCAGUCGCUUUCAAUCCUUCCUCCAUAAUAAUGAGGUCCUGGAGAAUGACAUUGACCUGCUGUACGGAAAUAAAGUGACCAUCCGGAAUAAUAGAUUGGGCACAGGACUCUUGCACUCCCACAUUGACAGAUAUCCAAUUGGAGGGCAACAAGUGACUUCGUAUCCGCAUAAAGACAGCAACAAUCACUGGAGAAUUCUUAAAGUAGGCACAGAUGCUGGGAAAGUAAACAGCAAUGAAGACUUAGUCAUGCACCACAUAGAGACAAAUACUUAUCUCACUGUAAAUGAAAUAGAUGCCAGAACAUCUUCAGACCCAGAGACAGAACUCCAUGAGAAAUAUGCAAUCCCAGAAGAUGCAAAGAAAGUCAUGUGCAUGUCUAAUGAAGAGAUGAAUAAUUCAGUCCUCUCAAAUGCAGUCUUCCACUUUGAGCCAGUCCAGAAUGAAGACGCAUUCCACCCACUAACCACACACUUUUACAUAAAAAGCACGCAGUAUAACUGCUACCUUAAAUACACCGGGAAUAAACUCCCAGCCUGGGGACACCAGCAGGGAGAAAUUCUGUGCACACCAGAAAAGGGAAGUGGAUCUGUCUGGAACAUAGAAAUGAAUAGAUCUGAUGAAGGCAUCAGUCAGUCCAUGCCCCCUAAGGCACUCAACUUCUUUGAGUUCAUUCGAAGUGCUGUUGAGCUGAAUGUCUCCAUGAACACUGCAAAUAAUAGCCUGAAGGACGAUGGAAAAGACACCUUUGGAUCACUUCCAUUGGAAUGGCUGCUGCCAAAAAAGUGGCUGAAACUGAACAGAUGGGAUGGAGUAGUCCCCAGAUUCGCCAUGGUAGGGAAUAUUUUCACGUGGUACGCAGGCACUCUCUCACUGUGCAUUCUUUUCGGAUAUUUCCUGCUGGGUCUUACAAGAAAAAUUAAAACCCUGAAUAAGUAUAAUACAAGGCGGUCUGGCAGGAUGUACAUAUUACUUGGCGGAUGGGCCUUCCAUUACCUUCCAUUUCUCAUGGUCACCAGGAUACUUUACUUGCACCACUACCUCCCCUGUCUCUUCUUCGGUCUUCUUGGGAUUGCAAUCCUUGCAGAGAAAAGAAAGCUCUUUGCAUAUACAUAUGCCCUUCUGGUGACCGCCUGCUUUAUUUACUUUGCCCCAAUCACAUACGGAUAUUCUGGUGCAAUAGAGAACAUGCCUGGGUACAAGUUAUUUGGGGACUGGUGGAAUAUCUACACUGCAUAG